AUGGAGUGCAAAAACCAAAGCACUUUGGCUGUCUUUGUUCUCCUGGGAAUUCUGCACCCUCAAGAGCUACAUGCUCCCUUGUUCCUCUUCUUCCUGUUGAUCUACAUGCUGACCAUUGUCUGGAACAUCCUGGUCCUCUUGACUGUGGCUUCCAAACCAGACCUGCACAAGCCGAUGUACUGGUUUCUCUGCCACUUAUCUAUCUUGGAUAUUGCAUUGUCCACCGUGAUAGUGCCCAAGAUGAUUGCUGGCUUUGUGGAGGGUGGCCAGGUCAUCUCCUUUGGUGGCUGCAUAACCCAGCUGUUCUUCUACCACUUCCUUGGCUGCUCUGAGUUCUUCCUCUACACUGUCAUGUCCUACGACCGCUUCCUGGCCAUCUGCAGACCUCUUCAUUACAACACCAUGAUGAAUCACAAAGCUUGUCUCUACCUCUCACUGGGUGCAUGGUUUGGCGGAUGUCUGCACUCUAUCAUUGAGACAGCACUCACCUUUGUCUUGCCUUAUGGCCUGAAGAGUGAAGUGAACUACAUCUUCUGUGAUAUACCUGCGAUGCUGAAACUGGCUUGUGUGGACACUGUGUUCAAUGAGAUGUUUACUUUGGUCGAUAUUGGUUUAGUGGCUAUAGCAUGCAUUUUCCUGAUUCUGAUGUCUUACAUGUACAUUGUCUCUGCCAUCCUGAAGAUCCGUUCUGUUGAAGGCCGGCAUCGGGCAUUCUCCACCUGUGCUGCCCACAUGAUUGUGGUGAUGAUAUGCUAUGUGCCUUUAGCUUUCAAUUAUCUGAGACCAGGGGCUCAAGAUCUCCUGAGCAAGGUGAUAGCCAUUUUCUACACCACACUAACCCCAUUCUUAAACCCACUCAUAUAUACAUUAAGAAACAAGGAGAUAAAAGAUGCAAUGCUUAGACUGACAGGCAGGAAACCAUAG